AUGGCGACCCGUACUAGAAUUGACCUUCCAGAAGGUCCAAGCUCAGGGCCUCUGACAGAUGCACAAUGGCAGGUCUUGAUGGCUAUCAUGGAUACCAUUAUCGCUCCUUGUCCUGAAAGCACGCUACCUGCUGGCCAGACCAGUGCUCUACUCACUAACUGUGAUGCCUCUACUCUCCAUGCCUUUCUUGCCGAAAUGCCUUCCAACAUGCCACUGUUUCAAGAAAUCUUGAAGCGUCUGCUGGCCAAUCUCCAUGCCGAUAAACUGUCUGCCAUUGGCACAGUAUGUUCCCUUCUCGGGAAUCGAGCUGGUGCCCUCGCCCUCACUGGUUACUUCACACUAUUUUGCGAUCUGUCUAUCCAAGAUCGGACACUAGUGCUGAAUUCUUGGCAAAGGAGCUCUCUAGCUACCUUGCGCGUCCUCUUCAAACAACUCUCAAUCAUUGGCAAGCAUGUUUAUCUCCGAUCAAGUACCCUUUUCAAUGAAGUCGUUGGCUUUCCAUCCACUCCACCUGGAUGGCACCCAGUCGAAUCCUACUCCUUCGAGUUCAUGCAGUUCAACAACUCGGAUUACCAUGUUCAGCUCGAUACAGAUGUUGUUAUUGUGGGUUCAGGAUGCGGUGCAGGAGUAGUCGCAAGGACGAUUGCCAUGGCAGGCCACCGCGUCUUGGUCGUAGAUAAAGGACAUCAUUUCGAAACCUCUUCGCUACCUCUAGAUCAAAGUGCAGGAUAUUUCCACCUUUUCGAACAGGGAGGUCUGGUAUCCUCUGAAGAUGGAUCUAUCUCUACGCUUGCAGGAUCAUGCUUUGGUGGAGGCGGAACAGUCAACUGGAGCGCGUGUCUACAGCUCCAAAACACAGUGCGCGAUGAAUGGGCUGACGAGCGAGGGCUUGGGUUCUUCAAAUCAGCCAAGUUUCAGGCGCAUCUUGACUCGGUCUGCGAGCGCAUGGGCGUCAGCAACGAGCCUAUCAAUCAAAACCACGGCAACUCUGUUUUGCUGGAAGGUGGGCGCAGGCUUGGAUACAGCGCUAGGCCGGUACCCCAGAACACAGGCAACUGCGACCAUCAGGACGGAUACUGCUCCAUGGGUUGCUGGAUGGGUAAGAAGCAAGGUCCAGUGAAUGGUUGGUUACCAGAUGCCGCCAGGUGCGGAGCCAAGUUCAUAUCAGGUUUUUACGUUAACAGAGUACUUUUUAAGAAGCAUGGUGGUAGGAAAGUGGCCACAGGUGUGACUGGCACUUGGAGACCAAGAGUUGGCCCGGAUGCUUCGGCAAGAUCGGUAACAAUUAACGCGAAGAGAGUUGUGAUUUCAGCUGGCAGUCUGUGUAGUCCGAUCGUCUUGAAGAAUAGUGGACUCAAGAACAACCAUAUUGGACGCAACCUUCAUCUACACCCAACAUCAUUCGUGUCAGCAAUCUUUGAACAAGAGACACGGCCGUGGGAAGGCGGAAUUCUCACCUCUGUUGUCUCGAGCUUUGACAACAUUGACGGACAUGGCCACGGUGUAAGGCUUGAGCGUCCCGCAAUGCUACCUUCAAUGUGUCUUACAUGGUGCAACUGGACAUCAGGGCCUGAAUAUAAAGCUAUGAUAUCCAAGUACAGGCACAUGGAAGCAUACAUUGCUAUUACUCGAGAUCGUCACAGCGGCCACGUCACAGCAGACCCGAUAAAUGGCACACCGCGUUUGGUUUAUACUCCCUCCAAAUUCGAUGCCAGUAACAACUUGAAGGGUAUGCUUGCCCUGGCAAAGAUCCUCUACACCCAAGGCGCCACGGAGAUACAUCCCAUUCUUCCCGGUCUUGAGCCAUUUAUACGGCAGCAGGAAAGUUUGUCGGAUGGUGCUCACAGCCCCUCAGAGGCUAUAGAUCCAGGAUUUUCGCAGUGGCUAAAGAAAAUGGAAGCUCAUGGGAACAAGACGCCAGAUACACCGUAUGGCUCUGCUCAUCAGAUGGGCACGUGUCGCAUGAGCACCAAAGAAGCCGAUGGAGUCGUGGAUGAGUGUGGGAGGGUUUGGGGCUGUGAGAAUUUGAUCGUCGCGGAUGCAAGUGUAUUUCCUAGUGCGAGUGGUGUUAACCCUAUGAUCACAACCAUGGCGAUCUGUGAACACAUUGGCUUGGCCAUGGCAGAGGAGUUGGCUCGGGAUACUCAGGAGCGCCCUAGGUUGUAGUUAAGCGAUAUCUUUCCGUGAGACACUUGCUCCGUGUAUAGCGUUAUCUCUGCUCGAGAUUACAAUGAUAAAUCUUACCAUC